AUGGAUUCCACAGUGAUGGUCGCUUGGGUGAUGUUGUUCAGUACAUUGGCUUUGCCAGGUGUCUCAGGUUACACAGUCAUUCCUGAUACCACAACCACAACUAUGACCACAACUACCACACCAGAACCUACUACCGGUACCAUAUGGGCAGAUGUUGUCUUAGCUAAUUGUAAAUACCGGUAUUCUAACAUUAGAUUUUGCCAGUCUGCUAUGUCCGAGAUUUAUGUGCGACUGGCAGAUGGAGUCAAGAACUGUUCUGGUCGUGUGGAAGUUUAUUACUUUGGUUACUGGGACGGCGUUUGUAGGGAAGAGUUUGACUUAAUAGAUGCUGAAGUUGUUUGCAGGCAGCUCAACUGCGGAAAAGCAGUUUCUGUCAUGGAAGACUACUCUAGCAGCAUUUCUCCUUACCUGAGCAAUGUGAAUUGUUAUGGUGGUGAAAAUUAUUUGUGGGAAUGCUCUUUUCAAGAAGGAGGAUGUAACAGCAACAUAAAUGCAGCUGUGAUUUGUGCAGAUAGUGGAGUAACGCCAAAAGUUUCCACGACCACGGCCACAACUACAACACCAGGAUCUACUACCAGAUUUCACUUUUUUGUUGCACUCUUAGUGACCUCUGUUUGUGGUGGUCAUCUCUAUGAGCCAUCUGGAAAACUCACUAGUCCAAAUUAUCCUGUUGUAUACCCAAAUAAUGCACACUGUGUUUGGGAAAUCCAUGCUGAAGGUUAUUCCUACAUAAAUCUCAUCUUUGAGUAUCUUAAACUGGAGCCACGUAAUCACUGCUCUUAUGAUUAUGUUGAAAUCUAUGAUGGGCCAGCGUAUGUAGCUCCUUUGCUAGGAAGAAUUUGCAUUUGGGAGCACCAAUCAUAUAUUUCUAAGUCAAAUACAUUGUCUGUUGUGUUUUCAAGUGACACUAGUUCUCAAAGCACUGGAUUUUUGGCUAUUUAUUUUUCUAUUCCACAAGACUUGUCCUUAAGACUGGUGAAUGGAUCAUACAGCUGUGAGGGACGUGUUGAACUCUAUUACAAAGGAGAAUGGGGAACAGUUUGUGGUGAUUACUGGGACAUUGUCGAUGCCCAGGUUGUAUGCUGGCAGCUUGGAUGUGGAGAAGCCAUUUCAGCCCCAAGAAAAGCCUAUUUUGGCCAAGGCUCGGGAUCUAUUCUCCUUGAUGAUGUGAACUGUAGAGGAAAUGAGUCUAACCUGUGGGACUGCCGUAGCCUAGGGUGGCAUGUUCAUAACUGUGGCCACAGUGAAGAUGCAAGUGUCACCUGCGCAGGUUUUGGUGUCCCCAUCCCAGGUCUCCGCCUGGUGAACGGACGUCAUAGCUGUGAGGGCCGUGUCGAAAUUCGUUCUUACGAUGGAAUGUGGGGAACUGUUUGCGAUGACUCUUGGAGCCUGGUGGAUGCAGAUGUGGUGUGCAGACAACUUGGAUGUGGACAGGCUGUGUCAGCCCCAAUAAUGGCAUAUUUCGGUGAAGGCUCUGGACCCAUUCUUCUGGAUGAUGUUUAUUGUAAUGGAAAUGAGCGCCACCUUUGGGAAUGCUCUAACAGAGGCUGGGGAUCCCACAACUGUGCUCACGUUGAGGAUGCUGGUGUCAUCUGUUCAGGGUUUGCCAAGUAACAUUCCCUGCGAUUAGUUAAUGGAAGAAACAGGUGUGAAGGUCGCCUUGAAGUAUAUCAUGAUAGAAGCUGGGGGACUGUCUGUGAUGAUAUUUGGAGCCUGAAUCAUGCACACGUUGUCUGCAGAGAGCUUGGAUGUGGACCAGCUCUGUCAGCACCAGGAAGUGCCCAUUUUGGUCACGGCUCAGGCAACAUCCUCCUGGACGAUGUACAGUGCACAGGAAGCGAAUCUUCUCUGCUUCAGUGUACUCACAGAGGUUGGGGAGCACAUAACUGUGGUCAUCAUGAAGAUGCCAGUGUCAUUUGCUCAGCUGCCUUGAGAUUGGUUAAUGGAGGCAACAGAUGUGAAGGUCGCCUUGAAAUAUAUCACGAUAGAACCUGGGGGACUGUCUGUGAUGAUAUUUGGAGCAUGAAUGAUGCACACGUUGUCUGCAGAGAGCUUGGAUGUGGACCAGCUCUGUCCGCACCAGGAAAUGCUCGCUUUGGUCAAGGCUCAGGCAACAUCCUCCUGGACGAUGUACGGUGCACAGGAAGCGAAUCUUCCCUAUCUCAGUGUUCUCACGCAGGUUGGGGAACACAUAACUGUGGUCAUCAUGAAGAUGCCAGUGUCAUUUGCUCAGGUAUUCCUAGGCUGGAUUCCCCCAUGAGACUGGCAGGUGGAAACAACAUGUGUGAAGGACGUGUGGAACUCAACUACAGAGGAAGCUGGGGGACAGUCUGUGAUGAUGGCUGGGACUUAAAUGAUGCGCAGGUUGUCUGCAGAAAGCUUGGAUGUGGAUUGGCUUUGUCAGCACCAGGAAAUGCCCGUUUUGGCCAAGGCUCUGGACAGAUUCUCCUGGAUGAUGUCAACUGCAGAGGGAAUGAACCUUCUCUGGAGCUGUGCUCCCAUCAGGGAUGGCAAAGUCACAAUUGUGGUCAUAAUGAAGAUGCUGGUGUCAUAUGCUCAGGUAACUUUCUGAUCCUUUAUGCUUCCUUGAGACUGGUCAAUGGAACCAACAGAUGUGAAGGCCGGCUUGAAGUCUACCACCAAGGAAACUGGGGGACAGUCUGCGAUGAUGAUUGGGACAUAAACGAUGCACAGGUUGUCUGCAGACAGCUUGGAUGUGGAUUGGCUCUAUCAGCAAGAGGAGGUGCCUAUUUUGGCCAAGGCACUGACAGUAUUCUCCUGGAUGAUGUGAGGUGCAGAGGGAAUGAAACUUCUCUUGAGCAGUGCUCCCACAGAGGAUGGCAAAUCCAUAACUGUGUCCAUGUAGAAGAUGCUGGUGUGGUCUGCUCAGGUACUGCUUUGUUAUAUGGAUCCUUGAGACUGGUCAAUGGAACCAACAGAUGUGAAGGUCGCCUUGAAGUAUACCACCGAGGAAAUUGGGGGACAGUCUGUGAUUAUGGUUGGGACAUAAAUGAUGCACACGUUGUCUGCAGACAAGUUGGAUGUGGAUGGGCUCUGUCAGCUACAAAAGGCACCCAUUUUGGCCAAGGCUCUGGCAAUAUUCUCUUCAGUGAUGUGCAGUGUGGAGGAUAUGAAUCUUCUUUUAGGUAUUGCCCCCAUCACAAUUGGGAAAUUCAUAAUUGUGGCCAUCAGGAUAUUGCUGGAGUCAUUUGCACAGAUGCUGUAUUGAGACUGGUCAAUGGAACCAACAGAUGUGAAGGCCGUCUUGAAGUAUACCACAGAGGAAGUUGGGGGACCGUCUGUGAUGAUGGUUGGGACAUAAAUGAUGCACAUGUGGUCUGCGGACAAGCUCGGUGUGGCCGGGCUCUGUUGGCUACAACAAACGCCCGUUUUGGCCAAGGGUCUGGAAAUAUUCUCCUGGAUGAUGUGCAGUGCAGAGGAAAUGAAACUUCUCUUGAGCAGUGCCCCCACUCAGGGUGGGGAACCCAUGAUUGUAGCCAUCAGAAAGAUGCUGGUGUCAUCUGCACAGGCAAUAAAGAACCAGGAAGACUAUCUUCCAGACGUCUUCAACUGCGUGGACCUCUCUUACGGUUGGUUAAUGGAAGCAACAGGUGUGAAGGUCGCCUUGAAGUAUAUCAUGAUAGAAGCUGGGGGACUGUCUGUGAUGAUAUUUGGAGCCUGAAUCAUGCACACGUUGUCUGCAGAGAGCUUGGAUGUGGACCAGCUCUGUCCGCACCAGGAAAUGCUCGCUUUGGUCAAGGCUCAGGCAACAUCCUCCUAGAUGAUGUACGGUGCACAGGAAGCGAAUCUUCCCUAUCUCAGUGUUCUCACGCAGGUUGGGGAACACAUAACUGUAACCAUCGUGAAGAUGCCAGUGUCAUCUGCUCAGAACAUUCCCUGCGAUUAGUUAAUGGAAGAAACAGGUGUGAAGGUCGCCUUGAAGUAUAUCAUGAUAGAAGCUGGGGGACUGUCUGUGAUGAUAUUUGGAGCCUGAAUCAUGCACACGUCGUCUGCAGAGAGCUUGGAUGUGGACCAGCUCUGUCCGCACCAGGAAAUGCUCGCUUUGGUCAAGGCUCAGGCAACAUCCUCCUGGACGAUGUACGGUGCACAGGAAGCGAAUCUUCUCUGCUUCAGUGUUCUCACAGAGGUUGGGGGACACAUAACUGUGGUCAUCAUGAAGAUGCCAGUGUCAUUUGCUCAGAAACACCCUUGCGAUUGGUUAAUGGAAGUACCAAGUGUGAAGGUCGCCUUGAAGUAUAUCAUGAUAGAAGCUGGGGGACUGUCUGUGAUGAUAUUUGGAACCUGAAUCAUGCACACGUUGUCUGCAGAGAGCUUGGAUGUGGACCAGCUCUGUCAGCACCAGGAAGUGCCCGUUUUGGUGAAGGCUCAGGCAACAUCCUCCUGGACAAUGUACAGUGCAAAGGAAAUGAAACUUCCCUGCUUCAUUGUUCUCACACAGGUUGGGGAACACAUAACUGUAACCAUCGUGAAGAUGCCAGUGUCAUUUGCUCAGGUAUUACUGAAGAACUCUAGCCGUCCUUAUUAAAGUAAUUCAGUUUUUAAAUCUGUCUAGAUUUCUCUGGGGAAAUGGGUGUUGCAAAAGAAAAAACCCAUCAAAAUAAUACCUUGAGAUUAGUUAAUGGAGGCAACAGGUGUGAAGGUCGCCUUGAGGUAUAUCAUAAUGGCAGCUGGGGGACUGUCUGUGAUGAUAUUUGGAGCCUGAAUCAUGCACACGUCGUCUGCAGAGAGCUUGGAUGUGGACCAGCUCUGUCCGCACCAGGAAAUGCCCGUUUUGGUCAAGGCUCAGGCAACAUCCUCCUGGACGAUGUACAGUGCACAGGAAGCGAAUCUUCUCUGCUUCGCUGUUCUCACAGAGGUUGGGGGACACAUAACUGUGGUCAUCAUGAAGAUGCCAGUGUCAUUUGCUCAGCUACCUUGAGAUUAGUUAAUGGAGGCAACAGAUGUGAAGGUCGCCUUGAGGUAUAUCAUAAUGGCAGCUGGGGAACAGUCUGUGAUGAUCUUUGGAGCAUGAAUGAUGCACAUGUAGUCUGCAGAGAGCUUGGAUGUGGACCAGCUCAGUCAGCACCAGGAAAUGCCCGUUUUGGUCAAGGCUCAGGCAACAUCCACCUGGACAAUGUGGAGUGCACAGGAAGCGAAUCUUUCCUAUCUCAGUGUUCUCACAGAGGUUGGGGAACACAUGACUGUGGUCAUCAUGAAGAUGCCAGUGUCAUUUGCUCAGAACAUUCCUUGCGUUUGGUUAAUGGAGGCAGCAAAUGUGAAGGUCGUCUUGAAGUAUAUCAUAAUGGCAACUGGGGAACUGUCUGUGAUGAUCUUUGGACCAUGAAUGAUGCACAGGUGGUCUGCAGAGAGCUUGGAUGUGGACCAGCUCGGUCAGCACCAGGAAGCGCCCGUUUUGGUCAAGGCUCAGGCAACAUCCAUCUGGACAAUGUGGAGUGCGCAGGAAAUGAACCUUCCCUGCUUCGUUGUUCUCAUGCAGGUUGGGGGACACAUAACUGUGGUCAUCAUGAAGAUGCCAGUGUCAUCUGUUCAGGUGCUCAGCAGUUGCGUUUAGUGAAUGGAUGGAACAGGUGUGUUGGGAGAGUUGAGGUCAACUACAACGGAACUUGGGGGACUGUUUGCGAUGACAACUUUGAUAAGAAAAAUGCACACGUAGUGUGCAGACAACUUGAGUGUGGAGAGGCAACCACGGUGUAUGGGUGGUCUUAUUUUGGCCGAGGAUCUGGACCCAUACUCCUGGAUGAUGUGAACUGCACAGGAAGUGAACUCCACCUCUGGGACUGUCCUCAUGCCACGUGGUUGGUAAAUGACUGUGGGCACAAUGAAGACAUCAGCGUCGUCUGCUCAGAUGCUGGAAAUCAACCAACAGGUUACUUGCCUGUCCAAUUGGUCGGCGGAAGCUCAAACUGCGAAGGCCGCGUUGAAGUGUAUUAUGACGGGCAAUGGGGAACAGUGUGUGAUGACACCUGGAAUGAAAGAGGUGCAGCUGUUGUAUGCCAGCAACUUGGUUGCGGUGAAGCCAUCUCGGCUCUGGGAGAUGCUCAUUUUGGCCAAGGCACAGGAGAUAUUGUUCUGGAUAAUGUGGAUUGUGAUGGAAAUGAGACAAGUCUGGGAGAAUGCUACCAUCAAGGAUUUUAUAACAAUAACUGCAAUCACAGUGAAGAUGCAGGUGUUAUUUGUUCAGAUAUGAGACUGGUGAAUGGAAAGAACAGCUGUCAGGGUCGUGUUGAAGUCUAUCAUAAUGGGGAGUGGGGGACUGUCUGUGAUGAUGAAUGGGACAUUAAUGAUGCUCGCAUUGUCUGCAAAGAAGUUGGUUGUGGAGAAGUCAUUUCAGCUCCCGCAAACGCCUACUUUGGUCAAGGCCCAGGCAGUAUCCUCAUGGAUGCUGUACAGUGCAAGUGGGAUGAAUCUUCUCUUAAGGACUGCUCCCAUAAGGGAUGGGGGGUCCAUGACUGCAAACAUAAGGAAGAUGCCAGCGUCAUCUGCUCAGGUACCUCAAAUUAUUUUCCAUAUGUGUUAAUUUUUGCAGCAUAG